AUGAAGCAGGAGGGAGCCGGCCGGGGAGCUGCUGCCGGGCUCGGCGCGGCGGCGUGGGGCGAGGAGGGCGAGGCGGAGAAAGUUGUCUACUCCCGGUCGCAGGUGUCCUUCGCCGGCACCAAGGCGCUGGGCGACGCCUUCAAGCUCUUCAUGCCCCGCUCCACCGAGUUCAUGAGCUCGGACUCGGAGCUGUGGAACUUCCUCUGCAGCCUCAAGCACCAGUUCUCCCCGGUCAUCCUGCGCAGCAAGGACGUGUACGGCUACGCCUCCUGCCGGGCCGUGGUGCCCGACGGGCUCCCGGCGCCGGGACACCGGACCCGCCGCGGAGCGGCCAGGAGGCGACCCCCGGCCGCCGGCGCCAAGCGCGGAGCGCCUGGCCGCGCAAAGAAGGGGAGGAAACGCGCCCCAGCGCUCGCCGGUCCCCCCGGCAGGGAAGCGCAGCGGCCGCGGAAGGAGGAUCAGGUCGACUCGGCCGAGGUGCCCUCGUGUGCUCCCUUUGGGGGCCGGUCCUUGGAGGAGAUCUGGAAAGCGGCCACCCCCAGUCUUACCACCUUCCCCACCAUCAAGGUGCGGGGCAGCGUCUGGAAUCCGCGGAGCCUGGAGGCGGCGCGGCGCCAGGCGCAGCGGAUCCUACGAGUGGACCUGGCGCCCGUGGUGAGGAUCCGCCGCUUCCCCGUAGCCAGAUCGUGA